AUGGAUACCUUAAAUUGGUCGCUUGAUCUUUUUGGGUUGUAUUCAGUGAAGAGUGCAUAUAAGCUUCUGCAGCAACUUAAUGUUGCAGCAGCUGUGUGGGAUCGGUUUGAGAUACUUGAUUUGGAUAAUGCAAACUUGCUGGUGGCCUUGUGCUGGGCAAUCUGGAAUGCUAGGAAUGAUAAAGUUUGGCAAGAUAAAGUUAUGGGGAUCGAAGGCAUCGUUGCAUCUGUAACAAACUACCUUAAUCAAUGGCGUGUUGCUCAGAAUUCAAACAAUGAGCUGCUGUUCACUGGGUUCAUUCUGAGGGAUGGGGCUGAGCAAUGGAGUGCUCCAAGUGUUAAUAGUAUUAAGGUGAAUGUCAAUGCGGCUGUGUUUAAUGAUUCCUCUACCUAUGGAGUUGGUUUUGUGGCGAGAGAUUCCAGUGGUUUCUUUGUUGAAUGUGGUACAAAGUUGUUUCAUGGCUUGAUUUCUCCUGUGGUGGCCGAAGCAAUUGGAGUCCAGGAGGCAUUGAGUUGGAUCAAGGAUCAUUCAUGGCUUCAUGUGACUUUAGAAACGGAUUGCCUUUCAGUUGUUCAAGUUGUCCGUUAUGAUUUCUUUAUUUGGCAAAGUUGUUAG